GGCGGCAGCUCCUCUAGUUCCACCACGUCCGCGGGCGGAGACUUCGGGAAUCCGCUGAGGAAAUUCAAGCUGGUGUUCCUGGGGGAGCAAAGCGUUGCAAAGACAUCUUUGAUCACCAGAUUCAUGUAUGACAGUUUUGACGACACCUAUCAGGCAACAAUUGGCAUUGACUUUUUAUCGAAAACUAUGUACUUGGAGGAUGGAACAAUCAGGCUUCGGCUGUGGGAUACUGCGGGUCAGGAACGUCUCCGUAGCCUCAUUCCCAGUUAUCGUGAUUCUGCUGCAGCUGUAGUAGUUUACGAUAUCACAAAUGUUAACUCCUUCCAGCAAACUACAAAGUGGAUUGAUGAUGUCAGCACAGAAAGAGGAAGUGAUGUGAUCAUCACGCUAGUAGGAAAUAAAACAGAGCUUGCUGACAAGAGGCAAGUGUCAAUUGAGGAGGGAGAGAGGAAAGCCAAAGAGCUGAAUGUUAUGUUUAUUGAAACGAGUGCAACUGGAUACAAUGUAAAGCGGCUCUUUCGACGUGUAGCAGCAGCUUUGCCGGGAAUGGAAAGCACACAGGACAGAAGCAGAGAAGACAUGAGGGAUGUAAAACUGGAAACGCCUCAGGAGCAACCAGUCAGCGAAGGAGGCUGUUUCUGCUACUCUCCCAUGUCACCUUCAGCCCUUCCUCAGAAGCCCCCUUACUCUUUCACUGACUGCAGUGUGAAUAUUGGCUUGAACCUUUUCCCUUCAGUAAUAACGUUUUGCAAUUCAUCAUUGCUGCCUGUCUAG